GGUGCACGCCGAGUGGCGCACGCGCGGAGGAGGUGCGGGCCCUAGGACCGUGACUUUUCUCGGUGUUUUUUUUGGGGGCAAAGCGCCGGUCGCCCUGCAUUUAUUCAUCCUCCUAAAGAUGCAUCCUGACUUGUCUCCACACUUGCACACCGAGGAAUGCAACGCCUUGAUUAACUUGCUUAAGGAAUGUCACAAAAAUCACAACAUUCUGAAAUUUUUUGGUCAUUGCAACGAUCUUGACCGGGAAAUGAGAAAGUGCUUGAAGAAUGAGUACACAGAGAGGAGGACCAGGAGCAGGGAGCAUGGUAUUGCCAUGCGAAAGAGGCUUUCCGAUCUUCCAGAGGAAGCUGGAAAAUAGGUUUACUGGAUGCCCUGACUGGGAGACCUGAAGACGGCUGGUAGCUGGAAAAAUCCCAUCUUUUUGGUCUCUACAGCCCUUGAAUGAAAAGUGACCCAUGAAGAGCUGAACUAUGGAGAAACAUGAGAAUGUGGAUUCUCUGUACUUGUUGAACAAAAGUCUUUAGUACCAUGGGCUGUGCCUGCAGGACAGUUUCAGCUGCGGCUGCCUUGAGUCUCCAUCUACCCAGUACUGACUCACCUCCUACAAUAAAGUAAUCGGACAGUGUUGUCCUCCUUUCCUUUAACCCUCUCGGGGCGAGAGAGAAAGUGGUGCCAAUAGGUUCUACUUGAGAACAUGGUGGUUGAAGAUUAGGCCUUGAAGACAAAACUAGCAUGGGAAUUCUGAGGAAACUCCAGCAGAGUUAACUAUACAAAGUCCCCAAUUUUAUCUUUUUAAAGAGACAUUUUCUGAAAUAUCAUAUAUUUCUAGUUAGCUCUCCAAUUGUGGAUGGAAAAUACUUGAAAAAAUUGGACUUGUAGUGGACUGUAUAUGUUUCUUGUCACUCUUUAAAUAAUACAGCAUAACAAUUGCUUAUACAGUCUUCAUAUUAGGCAUUUAGUAAGCUAGAGCUGGUGUGGCCACAGGUGAAAAUGUAUGGGUUUUAUGCAAAUUCUCUGCCCUUAAGAGAUGUGAGCAUCUGCAGAUUUGAGUAGUGGAGGGUCCUAGAUAUAGUAUUAUCCAAACCUUUGGAGUGAUGAUUUACAUGGAUAACAUUGCAUCCAGUUAGGGUCCCAUCAGACUCUACUUUCUCAUUUGGCUAAAUGUUCCCACCAUGAUUAACAGUUGACUCCUGGGCUUUAGCUUUAGAACCUCAGGGCUCUUCAUGUGUUCACUCUUGGCUCCUACUUCAUAAAUACUACUUCCACUGGUUUCUGAGACCUUCGACAAUUUGGAAGGCAGCAGCUUCAGCCACAGCUCCAGUAGGGCUUCAUGGGGCUACUCAGGAGCCACCAGACAGCCCAAGCUAUAAGUUUCAGGUCAUGUUUGGUGUAUAAUGCUUGUAUGAGACUUGGUUUUUAAUAAAUGACUUUCCUAUUGCAGGAAAA